UUUUAUAUUAUAAGUUUCUCAAUUCAAAUCGAAUUAAGUACAGGGAUUCCAAUUUAAGUUUAUAUUUAAAGAAGUAAUUUAAAAAUGAAAACGUAAGUAAUUGAUUUUUACUCUACUUCUAUAAGAAGAGUAUUGGUUCACUACAGCCUAAUGACCAGGAUUAAAAUAUUAAUCUAGAACAGUAAUUAUAAAGCUAUCAGUUUUCUACAUAAAGCAUAUAACCUUAUAUUUUGAAAUAAUUAGUUAGUCUCCGUUACAUAUUAUUGUUUGCUAUGCAUACUCACCAUCAUCGUAUUGACUUUUUACUGAAGGCAUCUACUGCUAAGUUUUGGAAAUUACUACACAACAGAAAGAUCCUUUUACUGAACAACAUCGUCAACAGCUUGGAAUGUAAAAGCUAUAUUUGCAAUACAUUCCCAACUAUAUUUGAAUAUAUUUUAAAAUAUAUGCAUUGAAAGAAAAAGCUAACAACAAGGUAUAAUCAAUCUAACUUGACUUAAGCUCUUUCCGAACAAUUUGAGUCAUAAGAUCUUUUUCUAAUCGAACAAAAAUCCGUAAAAACUUAAAAAAUUCCGGUUUACUCAUAGUAAAUUUAUUCUCAGCACUCAUAGAAAAGCAUGACGGUUGUGCUAUAUUACAAGCCGCAUAGUCCAUCAUGUCGUUCCGUAAUGAUGGUAGCGAAACAUCUUGGAGUGCAGUUGAAUUUGAAGUUCAUCAGCAUACCACAAUUGGAACAAUUAAAGCCUUCUUUUCUCGAGAUGAAUCCGCAACAUACAGUACCAACCAUGGAUGAUGAUGGUUUCAUACUAUGGGAAAGUCGUGUUAUACUUCCAUACAUAGUAUCAAAAUACGGAAAAAAUGAUGCCCUCUAUCCCAAGGAUCUGAAAAAGCGUGCAACUGUAGAUCAACGUUUGUACUACGAUAUUGAUGUAUUGUAUAAAAGCAUCGUGUCUUAUUUCUCUCCAGUACUAUUAGGCCAGACGGAGGAACCACCUAAGGAACAGUUGCCAGCCUUGGAAAAGGCUUUGAAAUUGCUUAACGACUUUCUUAAAAAUGGAAAAUACGUUGCUGGCGAUCGAUCGACUAUUGCUGAUUAUUACAUUGUAGUUAAUAUUUGCACAUUGAUGGGAUUUGGUUUCGAAAUUGCUCAAUACGAUCAAAUUGUAGCAUGGUAUAAUCUCUGCAAAAAAGUCAUGAAAAAUGAUGGUUUUGAAGAAUUUAAUGAAGAACAGGCUAAGGUUUUGGGCAGAUUUUAUUUAUCUAAUUUAAAAACUUAAAUUAAUUCUUUGAAAUCUUAGUGAAUAUAUUAGAAACAGUCAUGCUAAUGUUCAAUAUAUGA